AUGCUAUUCAGCACUAAAUAUAUCAGUGCUAUUGUGGAUCUCUGGAAGCUCCAAAGAGGUAUUGGUACGAAUACCUUUCUGAAUCCCCGGGGAUAUGCUGUUUCUGCAUUGAUGACUGCCCGACUAUCAUUGGCAGAGCAAAUACAGCAGUCCCUUCUUUGUACAGAGACCUUAGGAAAUUCAGCUCCGGCAGACCCUUCCAAUCAUUGCCGAUCUGCUCUUAACAAGGUCAUUACAGGAAUUCUGACCCCAGAUCUGCUUGGUGGAUCUGCGUCAUCGGUCACGUUGACGAGCGCGGAGUUGUGGAGUGCGAUGUCUUCAAUCAAUCAACCUUGCCAUCAGAAGAUGGGGUUCUACUUUGGUUUAUCCUCAUCCUCAUUCGCCGAAUUGGAUUACUAG